GCACUUUGGCAUUACGUUCACUUUAAUUGCAGCGGCAUCAUUUUUGCUUGAUUUCGAAGAGUUUUUUUUUGUGAAAAAGAGAAAUAAGUGCUUGGCUUGGUGCGUCUUAUGGGUAUAUGCCCGGUCCGCUGAAUCAUCCCAUAAGUUUUGUCACAGUUUGCGGAGUUCAUUUGAUGAACCGAGUGGCAUCUGAGAAUUCGCAAAUCGGCCGACGCACAUGAAAAGUAUAUCAUGGAGGACAUAGAAUAUCUGGACGAGUACAAAGACUUGGUGCUGCCAGGAAUCAAAACGGGAGCUCCGCCAGCUUCCUCGUCCGGCAUCUCCCGUCCGCGUCGCAUUUCGUCAGACUCGAGCAACUCGUCGUCGAUCGAUGCGGACAUCUUUCAGAAACUCUUCCACGGCAAGUACGACGAUGACGAUCUGCUUAACGAGGGUUCUGGCUCCAGGUCCAAGGACCGGCGUCGUCGAUCCCCAACCCCAUACUCCUCCAGUGACGAGUCUAACGAUGCCCUGGAAGCCCUGUUCAGCCGGAAGAGCAGCAAGUCGAAGCCAAACAAGCGGCGCGAACGCUACUCGUCCUUUGAUUCGGUGGACGAUUUGGGCGAAGCCCUGAUGCGUCCCUCGCAAAGGUUGACUGUACCCAAGCCCAGUACCUCCCAGGCAAGUGCCAGAAAGUCCCACGGUGAAGCCCCACACAGGAGCGGCAGCAAUAGCAGCAGCAGCCACAUUGGCAAGUCAACCGGCAGCAAAACAUUGCCAGCUCCUACAAGCAAACCUGCCGCUAAUCCUGCUGUAAGUGCUAAGAACCAAAAUCCCGGCCCAACAGCAUCUAAGCCGUCGGGCUCUGUAAAUGGCAGUGGCCUGUCAACCGCCAAAAACAAGACAGUGACCAUAAUAAAGGCACAAAAGACUGAUCUAACGCCUUCGCAGCACGAACCCAAAACAGAUCCUUUGACUUUGGGGGACUACUAUGGGGAUUCAGACAGCGAUUCGUCGUACGAAUACGAAUCUGACUUCUACGGUGAUCAGGACUCAGAGGACGAGGAUGCCGAACCGGUCAUCGACAUAUCAACGGACACGAGCAGGACCACAUCGGUGGCGGACACCGUGACACCUGUUGUUUCCGACGACGAGGGCCAGGAGCCGCAGAGUAAGGAGAAUGAGCUUCCUGACAAUGAUCAGGAAUCGGUACUGAACGGUGUCAAUGAGCGCCUGCAGUCGUACUUGAAUAAUCUCAGUUGCGCCGAGGCGCCGCCAAUCUAUAAGAAACAGAGUAGUGCUAGGAAAUCCCGCUCCAACGAAAAGAAACCCUCUUCCUCCGAACAGGUUAAGCAUGCUAAUGAGCGACCAGCGGCCAGUGACAAAGAGGAGGCAGAGGAAAAGGAGCGGGAGCUGGUGCCACCGGAGGCCAGCAGUAGUGCCAAAUCCUCGGCCAGUAAGGUCAGCGGUAGUCGCAAGCUAAGUGCCGUGGAUGAGAGCGUCAUGCUCGAGGCGCUGGAGCGCAUGAGCCUCGACCUGGCCGAACAAAUCUUGGAUAUCGAUGUUGAGCGUUCUAAGGAGUACGAAAAACGCUCCGGCUCCAAAACUCGUAGCAGAUCCAGAUCCCAUAUCCCUGCGGAUCCUGGCCCGACCUCUAGCCUGACCAAGAGCCACGUGCGAAAGCUCACCUACUCCAGCGAACGGUUGGAAAACUGUGAGCCCUCAGGAAGCAAGCUGCGGCGGUCAAAGAGCGAAUCAUUUUCAAAGCAAGGACGCGGACGGGGGCAAAAGCAUCGUACAAGUCGAGCUGCAACCACUGAGGAAAAGCUGCAAAAUGCGUGUGAAGGGGAGCAAGACUCUGUCAAAAGAAAACGCGGAAGGCCCCGCAAAAAGGUUCCAAAUGCGGAGAAGUCUAAAGCUGAAACUAGCGAAAAUACCGGCGAAAGCUUGGAGCAGGAUUCUGUUUUAGUAAAAACGAGUGAAGCGGUAGCGGAAAAGCAGACUGUAUGUCUGGAAGAGCAGAAGGCACUUGAACAGGAUGAACAAAAUGCAGAGUUAGAUAAAGCCAAAGAGUUAACAGGAAUUGACAAUAUAUCCCAGAACGAUACCAUUAUGACUUCUUGUGCCCACGAACCGGAUCUCAAAAGUGCUCCGGACAGGGAUGUGCAGCUGGAUGAAGAGUCUGCGCGAAAUCUCGAAAAGGAAGCGCUUCCUUUACUGGACACAUCAACGAAGUCGUUUGAUACCGCAGAGGAUUACAAUGAAUUAACCAAUGACAAGGAAUUAAUUCCCGGAACCGAAGAAACUCAAAAAGAUUCAACCACCGAAGAAGUUGCGCAACCCAAUAUCGAUGAAAUUAAGGAACUGGUUAAAAUUCAAAAUGCAAUUGAAGCUAUUGAUGAAAUCGGAUUACCGAAUGUGCUCACCAAUGCAAAUGUGGAGGCAAUUGAGGCAAAAGGAAAUAUUCUUGAGGAAAGCGAUUCCCAGCUGGCUGAGGACAUUAAGUUGGCUGAAGAGAUCUUGGCCGCUGAAGUGGGUAAAAGACCUGAAGUAACUGAGGAAUCAGUGGCAGGACAAGGUGAACAAAACCCUGUAAUUGAAAUUGUCAAGGAGCUGGAGCAGGAAACUAUUCAAGAGGUCGUGGCAUCUAAAGAGCACAGUCAGCCUGAAGAAAUAGCUCCAGUUGAAGAGCUUCCUUUAGAUAUUGAACCAUGUCCAGUUGAAAAACCGUCUCAAGUUGAAGAAGUUCUUCUUCAACAUGAGUCGGUUGCUUCUACCGAAGAAGAGCCACCGACUGAAGAGCAGUCUCUGGAUAAACAGCUGUCUCCUGCCAAAGAGCAGUCGCCUGCACAAGAACCCAAAUCUGCUGCAAAAGAGCAGGAUCAAACACCUGCAGAAGAGUCCUUGUCAUGUUCCGAAGUUCCUACUAGCCUAGUAACACCAACCAAGAAAAGAAAUCAUUCUUCGCCAGCCAAUACGCCCAGUAAAUCCAAAGAGCUCGAAUCUAAGGAAACUUCAGUUUCCAAAAGAGCUUUAAGGUCCGAUAAACAAACUCCUAUUAAGCUAAGAGAAAGUCGCUCCCAGCGCCCGCUUAAGACAGAACUUACGCAACUUAUGGAUGAGACAUCGAGGCGUUGUAGUCCCAGAUUAGGAAGAUCUCCGGCGGAAAGCCAAUCCUCGCAAGAACGCUCGACGGUGGAAAAAAAAGUGAUCUCUUCCAAGUUGUCCAACGAAAAGUUAUUCACAGAAAAUAUCGCUUUAGAAGGCGAACCGUUACCAGCUGAUACUAAAACUAAGGAUUUCAAAGAUACUAAACUAAUUGAAGGUGCUCCAGUUGAAGAUGCUUCCAAAUUGACAAAACAAUCGAGCUCCAGUGAGACUGAAAUGAAAAAGGUGAGGGGUAGGGGAAGGCCAUCGAAGUCAAAAAAAUCCCGAAAGAGUCGUGGAGCAGAUAAAGCUACUUCCGAUUUGAAUGAAGAACUUCCUUCUACUUCAAAGUGUGCUGAAGAAUUGCCAACCUCAAGCGAGUCAGAGCUUAAAGACGAAAAGGAGGAAAACCUAUUACCUCCAGACCCAUCAGUAAAUGAUAGCAAAUCACUUUUGGAAGGCAAACCGAAUCCAGCUGAUAGUGAUGUUAAGGAUUUAAAGGAUACUAAAAUAACUGAAGGCAAACCGUUUUCAGCUGAUACUGAAACUAAGGACUUAAAGGACACCAAAAUAACUGAAUGUGCUGUUGAUGAAGAUGCUUCCAAAUUGACAAAACAAUCGAGCUCCAGUGAGACUGAAUUGAAAAAGGUGAUGGGUAGGCCACGGAAGUCGAAAAAAUUCCGAAGGACUCGUGUAGCAGAACAAAAUCAAGCUACUGCCGACUUGAACGAUGAGAUUCCUGCUAUUUCAAAGUGUGCUGAAGAAUUUUCAACCUCAAGCGAGUCAGAGCAGAAAGAUGAGAGGGAGAAAAAUGACACAGCGCAUGUUGAGGAAGAACCCUUUACUCCCAAAAAAUUCCGUAGAGCGUUAAAAGAAAAAGAAAAACUAGAAAGCAAAAUCCCCACUGACCAUAUGGAAGCUGAGCCCGAUCAGAAUCCUGCCACGACAAGUAGCAGUGAAUCUGAGGUGAAGUUAGAAACUCAGCAAAGUGAUUCUGUCAACAACAAAGAGGAGCGAGCCUCUGGCAGGUUGAGUCGUAGAGACAAGGCAAUCUUAGAUGCGGCCAAACCCCACGAAUCGUCUUCUGCCAAAUCUCUUUCUUCCAGUGCAAGAGUUCUUUCAAAGGAAAAGCCUUCCAAAAAGGAUCUGACUGAAGAUCAGUCAGAUACUAGCCAAGUCGCCAAGGAAAAAAUAGAAAAAGAGAAGGAAAAUAAUAGUGAAGUAAAAACUGAAAGCGUCAAUAGUGAAGUAAAAACUGAAAUCGUCACCCAACCAAAUGACAGUUCCAAUCAAAGAGAAUCUGACUCUGAGAAAAAUUUGACAGUUGACAAAAAGCAAGUCAUUAAAUUGGACACAAUAGGAGCCGUUGAGUUAAGUGACAAUAAAGAAUUGGAAUCUGAGGAUAAUCUUUGUACGACAAGCAGCAGGAAAACGGAGUUGAUGCCAGAAACUCCACAGAGUGAUUCUUUUAACAAUAAAAAGGCUCGAACCUCUGGCAGAUUAAGUCGCAGGGACAAGGCAAUUAUUGAUGCGUCUAAAUCUCCAAAUCACGAACCUCCUUCAGCCAAAUCAGAGAUUGAAUUGGAUAUAGUGAAAUCCGUUGAGUCCAGUGCGGACCCAGAACCGUCUCAGGAUUCAGCGAAAAUCAAGGAUUCUACGGAAAAACCCAGGAGUGAUAAUAAAAACCCUAAAGAGAACGUCACGGAAUCCGAUAAAGAAGUGUGUUCAGUGUUAAACACGGAAGCAGUUAAACCCCCAGCUGCAGAAAAGGACUCGGAUACAAUUGCAAACGACUCGUCACAGAAUUCAGCUAAGUCCAAGGUCUCAAGGCAAUUAAAUAGGAGCAGGAGUAAGAUAGAUGAUAAGAAACCCAAAGAGAACAUCUCUAAAGAGGCGGGCUCACACUUAAUUACAGAAACAGUUCCAACUACAUCUUCCGCGGAAAAGGACUCUGUAAAUUUGGAAGACAAACCCCAAGUCUCUGGAAUAGAAAGUAAAAGAAUCAGAAAACGUAGACAAGCCGUAACCGUUGAGGACUCAGAAGAUAGUAAACUUACUAAGAAUACCGGACUUGACGAAAAAGAAACACAUGCUGUUCCUAAUUCUUGUGAGAAAGAUCCCUCAACAGUAGUAUUAACAUCCCAACCUAGUUAUUCUAAAUUGAAAAUACCAACGAAAACAUACCUAUCGAGUAAAAGAAACAAAGCACCGUCCCAGCCGACUUCUGAGACUUCUGAAAUUGUUCAAAAACCAACUGAGUCUGAACCAACCAACCAAUCGGAAGUUAAAUCUACCAGCGAUAGAGGAAAUUCAACCGCCUCAGCACCUGAACAAGCUAUCACCAGCAAUUUGGAAUCGAUUUCAGAGCAUUUGAUUCCCGCCGAAACAUCAGAAAAUUCGGAGAACACUCCCACGACUAGCAUUUCACCUGCAAAAAGUGAUCAAACCAAAAAGACCCGCAUUACAACUAAAGAAACUUCGAAAUCAAAUCGUAAAGUUCCGAAGAAAGCUGGAAAACCGGACAACAACUCAGAAAAAAGUCCCAAAUCCUUUGCCGAAUCUCUGACCUUAACAAACCAAAGAAAACUUGAUACUACCUCAAUAUCCUGCCGCAAGCUUCGCGUUUUGAUAAAGAGAACUCCCACUUCCAACUGGCCCAAAAGCACAAAGAAAUCAUCCGUCUUGAAAACUCCAGCCAAAAUGAAGCGUUUUAAAAAAAUUGUUGAAAGCAUAGAAAAAACUCCAUCUCCAGAGAAAUGUGAUUUUGAUCCGGCAAGUUCCUCAGUUAGCACUCAGGCUGAGUCAAAUCCUGAUCCUGUUUUGGUUGCGGCUUCUGUUUCGGAGUCUGACUCCGUUUCUGAACCCCAGCAAAUCCUAAAUGAAGAAGUUCCCAAAGGAUCCUCGAAGAAAUCUGCUAACGUUACUGAGAGUGAACCAAAGGAGAUUUUAGAAUCAGAUCAGGAGAACGUAUCUAAAGAUGAAGAAACUUGUGCCGAAGUUGAUAAAACUAUCCCAAAAUGUUCUUCCAAGGACGCCUUAACAAUCGAGGGAACCGAAUCAAAGGAUGAGACAUCGAAGUCUAAUUCAAUAACUAAUGCGACUCUAGAGGAGGCAGAUACAAAGGACGAAUCGCCAAAAGAGCAAAGCCUCAAAGAGGAUACACCUAAAGAGGAACCAUUAAAUGAAGAAAACCCAAGUGAACAAAAGCCAGAUGAGGAAUCAGCUCCCAAAGCGGAGUCCUCUAAUGAGAAGGAACCUGAACAAAGUCUCCCACCAAAAGAAAUAACUAAUGUAGAAUCAGUUGUAUCUGAGCCCGAAACUGAAGAACCCGCUCACAGCCCAAUCCCAGACUCAGCGGAAACAACUAGUGUCACGGACGAACCCGAAGCCAGCACGUCGUCGAGCGUGGUGAAGCGCAGCUUGCGCAAGCGGGAUGCGGAUAUCUCCCAACCAGAUGAAGCGGCCAAACGAAAGCAACUGCAACAACAACAACAGCGGGAGAAGUCGGCCAUUGACAAACAGGAACCUGCAAAAUCAGCUCGCCGUCGUAAUCUAUUGGAUGAAGAAGAGCGUCCUGCGAUUAAACGCUCAAAAAUGGAACCGGAGGCGAAACCCAAUGAGAAGCGCCAAUUCAUCUCUAUUAUAGGUAAUGAAACCAUAAUGUCGUCCACGACAGCGCCCGUAAAAGAAGCCAAAAGCGAGCCGUCCAUGACUUCGUCAGCAGUAAAGAAGUCGGCAGUAAAGGCUCCAAAACAAUCGUUGGUCACAAAACAUAUCAUCAUAGCACCACCUGCCAAGAAGCUGUUGAACCCAGGCAGUCCAACUCCGGCGACCAAGAAACCUAUGGUGCAGACACUGCUGAGUUCCACUCUCAGUCUGCACAAGCCACUGUCGGCAGAGGAUAGUCCUUCUACGCCCACGAGAAAAGUACUGAACAAGUCGGAAACAGAAAAAGUCAAGGCUAGCGAUCAGCCGAUCCUUAGCAGUACCUCCUCCGUUGUGGUCACGAAGAAAUCCUUGCCAGAUGCUAAGAAAACUGAAUCUCUCAAGGAGGAUGUAUCGUCGGCUGCUCUAAGAAAGGUUAACAUAUCUGUUUCCGUGGUUCCUUCGAAGGAAACAGCAGCAGAAACAUCGAAAUCACCCGUUUUGCCUCGAACGACGCAGCUGGAGACGCAGAAGAUGGCCAGAAAAUCUGAGACCAAUAAGAAAGUGGAGGUCAAUAAGAAGGAUGUGGUCAUCAAGAAAGUGGAGGGCAACAAAAAAGCGGAGGCCAACAAGAAAGCGGAUGCCAAUAAGAAAGUGGAGGUCAACAAGAAGGACGAGGUCAUUAAGAAAGCGGAGGUCAUAAAGAAAGUCGAGACCAAUAAAAAAGUGGAGCCCAAAAAAAAAGUGGACCAAAAGAAAAAGAUCACAUCACAAGCCACUCUAAAUGAAGCCCUAGAGUCAGAGGAAACCGCUGAAACAUCAAAGAAAUUACUUUCUUCAGUUGUGACUGGACGAAAACCACUUCCACAAUCGGAGGCUCCAAAGAAAGCCGAAAGCAGAAAGUCGGAGGGAUCCUCAACAGAACUUAAUCCCCGGAAAGCUGCGCCUCAAGUCAACCGAUCCAAGAAAAUCGAGGCCAGAAAAUCAGAGGGAGCUGCUCUAGCUUCGGUUGCCCGGAAACCACUUCCCCAAAUAGAAGACCCCAAGAAAACCGAAACACCAAGUUCGGAAGAUGCUUCUGGAGAUGUUGUCGGGGAAGUUGCCAAGACAGUCGAAGCUGAGGAGAUCGGGACACCAGCAAGCGGACGCGGGGCAACCAAAAAAACCAAACAGGAACAGCGCAAGUCGAGAGGCAAACCUGGGCUAUCCGAUACAGCUUCUGACUCACGGGAUUCCUCUCGCGAAGACAGUGCGCGUAAGCCCCGCCUGGAUAGGCAAGAUGAGAACGUGACAGUGACCCAACGCAAGUUUGCCCUCGGCAAGUCGGUUCACAUGACUCGAGCUGCCAGCAGCAAUAGAUCAUUGGCUGCCACUCCAACGCCCGCGUUCGGAAGGCAGCGCAAUGCUUCUAAGGAGCGCUUUGAACCUGUUGCAGACCAGCAGAGACCGCAGUCCCUGACCCAGAGCUCGCUUGGCGGCCGAAAAAGGCGCAUGCCAAUCGCUUUAAAAAGAAAAGCGGAGGAACCUGCGGAAGCCACAGAAGUCGUUGAUCCCAAGCGACCCAGGGAGUUGCAGGAGGAGGAGCUGCAACAGCAAAUAGAUCCUGCCCAGGAGACAGUAGCUUUCCCAGUGAAAAUAACAGCUGCUUUGGCCGAUCCUUUGGCAGUUCCUCCUGCAGUUAAAGUGGUUCCACCAAAACUUAAACUACGCAAAGUUCGCGUGAAAAUCAAUCGGCGAACCGUCAACAAAUGGCUUCAAGAGACACGAGAGAAAAAGAGCCGCGAGAAAGAAGCUGCCGCUGCCACUGCCUCUCAGACAAUACCACCACCACCACCUCCACCUGCACCACAACCGGAAGUGACCUCGGAAACGGAUUCAGCGGCAGAGUCAAUGUCCGAGUCGAUGUUGCCACCACAGACAGAGCCGGUGGCUGUACUCGAGGCAGUGGCCGAAUCCCAGCCUGCACCUAAUCCUCCAGCUCCAGACCCAGAAUUGCCAGUAAGAAAAAGCCCAACUCAGCUCGCUCCCCAAUCAGCUCAUGUUCCAUCGGCAGCUCCUGCUCUCCUUGCCCCCUCUGCCGAAGCACCGCCGGUAAUCCUGCCGGUAAUCCUGCCAGCCAAGGCAACCGUGAAGACAGCCAUAUAUCCACUACCAGAACCACAUCUUCCCGACAAUCCAACAAUGCCGGCCAUUGCGCAGAAGUUGGCCAACCAGCGAAGGGUGCAGAUGUUUCACGCCAAGUCAAUGCCACUUCCAGUGCCCAUUCCGGAGGUGAAGUCGGAGCCAGAAGAUGAUCCUCCGGAGGCAAUGGAGGAAGAUCCCCUUGCGGUAUUGCCCAUCGAUGCUGCAGCGCCAGUAGCAGCUCAGCCACCGGCACUGAUUGAGAACAUUGGCCCUCAACUCAUCCAAAUUGACAACUUGGGAGCUUCUGGUUCCUCUGGCCCGAGUGCUUCUCAUUCAAUUCCCUCGGCCAGUGCCCCCAGCAGCAAUCCCCAUGCCAUUGGCCAAACCAAGAUGUUCUCCUUCCUCUAUCCAAAGCGCUACAAGCGUUCCUACGACGACGUGGGUCUGGACUUCUGCUGCCCAAAUCUGGACGGACCGAUGCGGGCCAUUGACUUCACGCGUUUGCAUUCGACGGCUGAGGUGCCGGUGCUGGAGGUGCCGCAGUUCCUGGUCAUCACCACCAAGUUCAUCUCCAAGACGGAUAAGAAUAUGCCGAGCAAGGUGCGGGCUAAGUUGGAAUUGCUGGGCAGAACUAAGAACCAUGACGCCAGAGAGCCAAUUGUUCCGACUCCCGAUCCGGCUUCUGGAGAAGAUGCUCCCGUUAGCGCUCUUGCUGGUUCUGUUACUCCUGCGCCUACUUCGAUCAUCCCGAGUCUACCUUCUGCCGGAUCUGUUGACUUGGCCCUGCCUCCGCCUGCUGUCCCACCGACUGCAGCUUCCUGCAGCAUUCCCAGCAUUGCUCCCUCCAACGCAACUCCUGCAGUAGUUGCGUCUCCAGCUGUGUUGGAUUCCCUGACCAAACAGUUGCCACGUGGCACCACGCUGACCAAGAAGGUUCUGCCACCAGGGGCAGCCAUCCCGCCAACAGCCAGCUCCUCGAUGGUGGCCAGUCUGCCGCCGUCCCUCAUCCAGUUGCCACCGAUCUGUCCAACGGACAAGCAGCGCGUGGAGCUGCAGACGCGGGUGCAGGUGUUUGACAUGGUGCUGCAGGUACUCAGCCGGCGUGUAGCCACCUUGACUGUGGCCGAGAGACAGCGCACCAUCGAGGAGAUCGUGCGGACCAGCUCGGUGAUGGCCAUCGACGUGGAUGUGGGCACCAAGCUGUUGGAGAACUACGUGCGUUAUUUGAACAAGGCAACCAACACGACAACGUCGUUGCCGCCGGUCCGGUACAACGCUGUUGUCACGCCGACGACUUCUGUCGGCGCUGCGCCAGCAAAUCCCUCGAAUUCAGUCGCCGCUAGCAGCUCAAUGCUCUCCACCCCGGACUCCGCCACGCCCACUCAGGCCACCAAGAAGUCCGUGCAGCAUGUUCAGCAGCGCAGUUCCCUCCCCGCCAGCAUUCCCCUUUUCGAUGCCGAGAAGAACAUCAUUGGCUUCCAGUGUCCCACACGGAAAGCAAAAGGCGUCACACCAACUGCAGGGCACAGGCCUUCUCCCGCUGCCACCAGCACUCCGUUGGGCGCCUCCACAUCCUCAGCAGCAGCAGCAGCGGCUAAGGUGCCGCCGCGAAGUUCGCUGGGAGCCAGGAAAAUUUCUGGAGAAAACCCAAGCCAGAUUGUCAACUUGAAUACAACAGUGUCAAUGUCCAUGCCAGCACCAAAAGUAGCCAAAAAGAGGACAGCUCCUGGACCAAUACUGCCGAUUAAUUCCUCGGCAGGAGUGGAGAAACCGGUGCUCUGCAAGAAGAAGAUCACGCCGGUGAGGACAAUAAGUCAGACCAAUGCUACGCGGCCACCAGCUACGCGAUCGCCGGCUACGCGAGCUCCUGUUGCGCGAGCUCCGGCCAAACCCAAAGCAACUCCAGGAACAGCCCCAGGUGUAGCUCCCGUUGCCGAUUCUCUGGGCCCCGCCGGAAUGAGUCUUAGCAGCACCACAAAUCCGAAUGUGUUUAUCAUCAACCAGGCCUCGCAGCCGGAGGAAAGUAUUCUGCCCGACUCAAACAAUACCGUGGCGCCCAUGGAGACGGAGAUCAAGGGCGAACUGGACGACUCUUCAGAGGUUAUUAUCUACUCAAUUCACAAACAUUUGAGUUUGUGGCGAAAUGGUGCAUAUCCCGACUUGGAAAUGCGAUUGGAGACGUAUAUGCGAAGGGUUUUCUGUCUCAAAGAAAUCGAAACAACGAAUGAGUAUGAUCCAAAGGAAGUGGAAUAUUUCGGCGUUCUUAGCUUAAUAGAUGUUCGAGCUCCUCGGCGAAAGUUGUGGUACAUGUACUAUGCAACAACGGAGCAGUUGGGUCGAACUGUGGACCGGAUCCAUCGUAAAUAUGGCCAAAGGAACAUGUACGAGCUGUUCAGAAAGCCGGUGUAUUCUGGGGCCGGAAUGCGAUCCCGGGUUAAGAACCACUUUGGAGGACUGAAGUGGUAUGUGAAGGGAAAUGUUUUGGAAGCUCCUCCCGACAGCUCCUACAAUGAUGAGAAGUACUGUCGACGUCUAUUUUAUAUGGAUCCUGUUGCAGAACCCACUCCGCUGGAUCCAUCUGCGAUUGAGUACUUUGGAGUCUUUAGUGUUAGAGAUCCCCAGGCCCCAGACCGCAAACUUUGGUACAUUUAUUAUUGCUCGCAGCCGGAUAUUUCUGAUGUGGUGGAUAAGGUACGCCAGAAGUUUGGCCGGAAGAAUGUGUAUGAAAUAUAUCAGAAACCCACAUUCAGCGGAGUGGGUUUCCGUCGGAUCGUAAAGGAUUAUUUCUCCCACUUGAAGUGGAUUAGUAGAGGAAACCUUUUGGAAGCCCCUUCAAAAAGUUAUUAUAAUGAUAAGAAGGUGGUGAAAACAGUUUCAGAACUGCACUACAAGGAGCAAAGAAGGCUGUUUGACUAUAUAAUGGUACAGCACGAUUGGUUCAAGCGGUGCAAUGAUCAGAAACCACCCCCACUACAAACGGAUUAUGAUCUGGAGGAGGAAAUCGAUUCCCAUUUGAGGCGCAUUUUCUACAUCAAACCAAAGGAAUCCGCUCCAUUAAAUCCAUACAUUGUGGAGUUCUUUGGCGUACUCAGUUUAAAAGAUCUGCGGGCUCCAGAGCGAAAGUUGUGGGUGAUAUACUACUGCAAACAGCCGGAAUUGGACAAAACCGUGGAUGAGAUCCACCAGAAGUACGGCAAGAAGAACAUGUUCGACCUGUAUCGGACGCCAGUGUUUAGUGGAGCGGCUCUACGGGUCGCGGUAAAGAAGCAUUUCUCGGAGCUCAAGUGGUUUACCACUGGAAGUCUGCUGGAGACACCUCCCAAAAGCCACUUCAAUGACGAGCGAGUGGUCAAGACCAUAGUGGAUCUGCAUCACCUGGAACAGCAGAGGCUGUAUAACUAUGUGAUGGGAAACAAACCCUUAAAGAUGUCCUCGCGUUCUUCCGAAGAGCGAAACUAUUUACACCGCAAAUUUGACAGCAGUAGCUACAACCACAAACGGUCGGCAUCAUCCUCGUCAGCCAGGAGUGCUUCCUCUGGACAGAAGGACCGCCGGUCGGACUUCGAUUACUAUGGCAGCCGUCGUCACCAGCGCUCCGGCUCACGGCGCCGCACUCGUUCGCGUUCAGGGUCAGGUUCGUCUUCUCCGGCACCCCGUCAUCAUUCCGGCCGUACGUCCCGCGAUCGCCAAAGGAUGCACAAGGCUCGCGAACAUCCCCAGGCCAGUCGCUGCAUUGGAGUUUUCGGUCUGAACACCAACACCACCCAGCACAAGGUGCGCGAGCUAUUUAACAAGUACGGACCCAUCGAGCGCAUUCAGAUGGUCAUCGACGCACAUACAAAUCGUUCGCGGGGCUUCUGCUUCAUUUACUUUGAUAAACUCGAGGAUGCCCGUGUGGCCAAGGACGCCUGUUCCGGCAUUGAGGUGGAUGGUCGUCGCAUCCGCGUUGAUUACUCCAUAACCCAACGGGCCCACACACCCACUCCGGGGGUCUACAUGGGUCGUCCGUCGCGCAUUGGACAAAUGAGGCGUUCCCGUUCGCCGCGGGCAGGUGGGCGUCGUCGGGACCGCUCUGGCUCACCGAAAGACUACUACGUUCGUCAGCGCAAUGACGACCGUAACGAUCGCUAUGACCGCGGUCACCACACCAGUUCUAGUCGCUACCGCCACAAAAGCUAUAGCCGUUCGCGUUCUCCCCAACCACGCCGCGGAUCACCGCGCUAUUAGUGCGCCCAGCAGGUAAUGGGGCCACUUCCUUAACUCGUGCUCCUAUCACGGCCUUGCUAGACUGUGUCAAACGGGCUGCGGAGGAGCAUACGACUGAAAAUUUGUGUUUUGGUGAUACCUCUCUUCUAUGGCAUUUGGUUGGCGAGCAGCUCACAACUAGACUAAUUUCCAAAUUCAUCAUUCACCCAAAACGCAAAUUAUAACUACUCGUUAACCAUUACUGUUGCUGUACAAAAACGUAGUUUGUAAAUAUCAAAUCAAUUACCAUCAUUACAUACAGAUGUCCGCAUAGAUUGUGAUAUGUAUUUUAAAGGAACCGCAGCAAAACUGAUAAUGAUAACAAAACUAAACUAAUUUUAACUAUAAUUGUAAUUGUGCAGCAGGUAGAUAAUAAAAUUGAACUUGUACAGAGCUUCGA